AUGUUGGAGUCUCCUAACAUAUUUUCUUUUGUCAAAAAAGCUCACCAUACUGCUAUGCACAGUGCACCUCGCAUGCUUCAGAGGUGCCGUUCUGUUCUCAGAUCAUGCCCUUCACCAAGAGGAUGGGUUCUGGCUGGGCGGCGUUUCUUCAGUGACGAGGAAGUGCCAGGGCACAUAGGUCAACACCCUCGUUUCUUUGAUUUCAAGGCUUUUCGCAAAGCGCUGAAAGACAAGAAGGAAAGCCUUUCUGAAGCAGAGCUGAGAGAGGUUCGCCGAGAAUACGCUCUUCCUCCCCCAGAAGGGUGGACAAUCCUCGAUUUUCUGGAGCGCAUACAGUUCGGAGACGGCGCGGAAGAUGUUGCAAACCUUUUUGAGCAUUGGAGAGAUUUCAUAUCUAUGUCAUCAAGGGACAUUAUGCAAAUCCCAGACAUCACUCUGUAUCAACGCCGCAAAUUGGACAAGUUCAUAACUCUUUUCAAUCAUGGUCUUUGGCCCAGAGUGUCAGACGAUGAGUUCAAAAGCAGAUUUGCAGGCAAACCAUUGGAGAAUGAAGGCAAGCCAUGGACUAAAGAGCACGAUGAGUGGCUUCUUAACCUCAUCAAGCCUGGUGAGGAAGGAGGCUAUGACGUCAAGUUUGGAGAUCCAUGGAUCUACAUAUCUUGGGAAAUGCAGCGGCGAGAGGAUGACGUGCAGCAGCGUUAUGUUGAGCUGGUGGUGAAGCCAGAGGAAAGACAGACACAACAUGAGUUUGCUAUCACGAAGGCAGCGCGACCUCUGAACAUGCACAGAAGAUUUCGAAUGAUUCCGCCUGACCUCUACAUCGUACCUUCCGAGGAGAAUUUUCCUCUGGUGAAGCGCAACUUUAAGCUACCAGCAGCUUUCCAGAGGUACCGACAAGACGACAUAUUUUGA